GCAUGUCAGUGUCUGUCUGCAAAAUGAAAGUGAAAAUAGAGUUUGCUGUGGGGAGUUACAGUGGAACUCUGAAGACAUAUUUCUCCAUAUUUUUUCUCAUCCAUCAGACUACAGAAUAGUCGAGGACACUGUCGAAAACUAACAUGACCAAUAUAUCAACAAUAUUGCAAUCCUUYCUUGCCUUUAGUUACKUCAUGCACGUCUAUGGAGCAAGUUGUCCAGUUCUGGAGUGCUGGUUUGUCCAGGAGAAACCAGGUGGGGGCUUCCAUGCUGCUAUGAGCCAGGAGAAGUCACUACUUUACAUCAAUACAGACCCAGACAGUGAAGAAACCAGGUCAAAGCAGGGGCCAUCUACAGACCAUGAUAGAGUCUACUACGUCACUGACCCAGCAGCUACUCUCUGCAGUUCUUCUCUGCACCCACCAGAAGGCUCAGUCCAGAAGCCACAGUGUGAGAUCAACCCCUUCAUGCCCCAGCCAUCCACCGUCCAAUGGACAGCCUCACUCACGGACUCUGCCCACAGUCCGAUCUACCUGCAAGCCGACUGGUACACUGCUGCCUUGCAGGGCUUUGACGGACAGCUGCGCCUCUCCAAUGUCAUGCGUGCUCCCACRGCAACCAAGGAACCCAAGGUGGUGCUCAGUAUUUCCAGUAGAACCUUCAUGAUCCGUUCCAGACUCGGGGAACCGGUUGUUCUAGACUGUGGGUUCUGGGUGGAUGCUUCUUCUCCUCUCUCUGUCUCUGGCUUCGCCGUGGAGUGGCGCUACCAGUUCAGGGGCGAUGGCCGUCUGGUCCUGGCCUACGAYGGCAAGAGUGACCGAUUUGCAGAGACCCAGGAAGAGGGAGCGRGGCUAGACUUCACGGCUCUGCACGAGACAGGAAAUGCAUCACUGAUCCUGCAGGAAGCUSAAGUGCGCCACUCAGGAACCUACAUCUGCACGGUGUACUUGCCCUAUCUCYUGGCUCAGGUGGCAGUGGAGCUGGAGAUUGUAGAGCCUCCUUCCCUCUCCAUCUUCCCCUCCCCGCUCCCUCUCUMCGUGCCCGGCCAGGUGGUGACGGUGCAGUGCGAGGCGUCAGGAUUCUACCCCCUCUCCCUGGAGUUCCGCUGGGUGUUAACAGGGCCRGACGGUAGGGUCAGGCCCCUGGGYCAGGGCAGCGUGACGGGCCACAGACAGGGCCCAGACAGCACCUACAGCCAGACCAGCCGUGUGGAGUUGGACUCAGCCAAGCUGGACCUGGACCGCGGCGGGGAGGUCACCUGUGUGGCUGUCCACCGUGGAGGCACMCGGCGGGCCAGCGYCACCCUCAAUAUCACUGGUGUCAGUGCUCCCUCCAUUGAGGACUAUAUGGCGAUGGUUGCUGUGGCCCUGGGGAUCUAUGGUUUGAUCAAGGUUGUCUCCUGGACUUUUGGCUCUGGGUUCGAUGAUGCUAACGCACAAGAGAAGAAAGUGAAGUAAAUGUGGAAACACCUGGGAUUUCCAGGUGAGUAUGUAAUGGAACAAAGAUGGAAUUUCAGGAAUAAAUGUGUACAGUUUGUGGAAGGUUGUGGAAGGUGGUACAUGUAAAUAAGAUAUUUAGUUUCUGACAGCAGUUGCCAAUUAAUUUAUCUUACAAGAAUAUGUUAAAAAAUAUUUUCAUUGUAAAACAUAUCUUAAUAGAUGACUGAUUUAAAUAUUGACAAAUUAAAAUACUGUUUUACAACAGUGUGAGAAUUAAUCUCUCGAAGAAGGGAAAAGGGGGAUACCUAGUCAGUUGUACAACUGAAUGCAUUCAACUGAAAUGUGUCUUCUGCAUUUAACCC